AUGAUGCAUGCUCCGCAGAGAUCGCAGGCUUCCGCCUCUCAAUCGGUUGCCACUCCCACUGGACACCAAUUCUCUCCCUACGACAGCAAUGGCGGAUCUAUCCUCGCCAUCGCCGGCCCAGACUUCUGCGUUGUAGCAGGUGACACCCGACAGUCAACAGGUUAUAACAUCCAAACCCGCUACAAGCCCAAAGUCUUCCGCCUCAACGACAAGGCUACCCUCGCCACCAACGGCUUCUCCGCCGAUGCCGAGGCUCUCGUAGACCGCAUCAAGCAGCGCCUGGUCAUGUACCGUCACAACCACGGCACACACAUGUCGCUCAGCGCCAUUGCGAGGAUGGUAUCGACGAUGCUGUAUGGGAAGCGUUUCUUCCCCUACUACGUGUACAAUAUUUUGGGGGGAGUGGAUGAGGAUGGCAAAGGGGCCGUAUAUUCGUUCGAUCCUGUAGGAAGCUACGAGAGGGAGCAUUGCAGGGCAGCCGGUGCUGCACAGUCGCUCCUCCAACCCUUCCUUGACAACCAGAUCAACUUCAAGAACCAACACCCCACACCGAACCGCCCCAUCCCCGAGCCAGGCAGCUAUGACCUCGCAACCGUGUUGCGCAUCACGAUGGACUCCUUCUCAGGAGCGACGGAGCGACACAUCGAGGUGGGAGACGGCCUCGAGAUGUUCAUUGUGCGCAAUGCGCCUGCAGAGGGAGAAGCGGCAUCGAGUAGCGAAGGGGCAAAGACGGCCAACUUGGAUCUGGCGUCACUGUUCGGCGCUGUGGAGGCGCAGGGUGGGGAGGAUGAGCAGACGCAGGGGGUUACAAUGGUGGUCAGGAAGGAGCUGAAGAAGGACUGAGGGGGCUUCAGCCCGAUAAUAUCACAUUUCUAGCCAGAAUGGUGUUUGCUGCAUGAAGUAUCUGUCUGAUAGAGCUCUGCGCUGAGCAUCUUCAUCAAUGUCCUCAUCGUAGAU